CUUUCCCACCUCCUUCCUUCUAAAUGCCGAAGGGGGGGGGACCCAACUCCUGGGCAGCGCAGAAAGUUACCGCUUUGAAGAUUCCCUUUUGCUCCCAAAGCAAGGCGGAGGCUUAGCUUCAGCGCCGGGAUCCCGGGGAUCACCCUUGCGGGGCCGUUUAAGCCCCCUUUCUUAGGCCAACAAGGGCUGCAAGCUACCAACUCUUCGCUUUUUGCACUUGUCAGAUGCGGACGCGACUGCCCGAUACUGACGCUGGCCGGGAUCGAGACACCCAAGGCAAGACCGGGCGAAGAGUUACUUCCAACCCAGCCGGCAAGGCGGGUCCCCCAGGAGGAACAGGAUGCAGCCCCACCUGGCGCUGAUGUGCUUUGUAUUCGGGGGUUUUCUGCCGGCGUCGGCUCGCCCAGAGCCCAGGAGGCGGCAGCAAACGGACCCAAGGCGGUGUGAGCUGCCCCGAUCGCAGAGACAUCUGAACUCUUUCCUCUGGACAAUCCGGAAAGACCCCCCUGCUUAUUUGUUUGGCACCAUUCAUGUGCCUUACACUCGUGUAUGGGACUUUAUCCCUGAGAAUUCCAAGGCUGCUUUCCUGUCUAGCACCAACGUAUACUUUGAACUGGACCUCACUGAUCCCUACACAAUCUCAGGUCUGGCCAGUUGUCAGCUGCUACCCCAUGGAGAGAAUUUACAAGACGUGCUCCCCCAGGAUCUUUACCACCGCCUUAAGCGCCACCUUGAAUAUGUUAAACUGAUGCUGCCUCACUGGAUGACCCCGGACCAACGAGGCAAAGGUCUGUAUGCUGAUUACCUCUUCAAUGCCAUUGCUGGAAACUGGGAACGUAAAAGACCUGUCUGGGUGAUGCUGAUGGUCAACUCCCUGACAGAGACAGACAUUCGCUCCCGGGGAGUACCUGUACUGGACCUCUAUUUGGCCCAAGAGGCUGAGAGACUAAAGAAAAGGACAGGAGCUGUGGAGAGGGUGGAAGAGCAAUGCCAUCCAUUAAAUGAGCUGAACUUCUCUCAGCUCCCUAACUUCAUCAAUACAACACUUCCUCCACAUGAACAGGUCACGGCACAAGAGAUUGACAGGUACUUUCGACAGGAACUCAUCUACAAGAGGAAUGAGAGAAUGGGUAAAAGAGUGAUGGCCCUUUUAAGAGAAAAUGCUGACAAGAGUUUCUUCUUUGCCUUUGGAGCAGGUCAUUUCCUGGGCAACAACACUGUUAUCGAUGUGAUGAGGCAAGCAGGAUUUGAAGUGGAGCACGUACCUGCAGGACAGCCAAUUGAAAACUCCAAGACAAACAUCAAUCCACCUCCUAAGGACUCCUCAAGAACAGCUGCACCUUCCAUCCAUUUUUUUGAACAAGUGCCACCAUCAGUGCCUCCUCAAGAUAUUGAAGAAGACAGCCUUCCUCCACACCUCUUGCUUCCUGAUAGCAUCAGUCAGCUGGAGGAGUUUGGCCGGCAGAAAAAGUGGCACAAAAAACACUAUAAAAACUACCGCCAAAGACAAUUCAAUGAUCUCUGGGUUCGUAUAGAAGAUGGCACAACAACAAUGCCAUCCCACAUUAGGAUUACAAAUGGUUACAUCUCCAUCAACCCAUCCAUCUGGUUUCCAAACCAGUUGGACCAGCAGCUGCACCAGGAUCUCACCUUCCACCAUCAUCUCAAAAGCUCUGCCCUAGCCAGCCACUUGGCAUUGCCCUUAACUGCUUCUGUCUAUGUAGCGCUGGCUUCUUUUCUGUUGGAUCUACUUUCCUGACAGAGGAAGGAUUCAGCUGUGCAAUAUCCAAAACAGAGAAGAAUGAUCAGCUUCCGUCUGUUAAUACCCAUUCUCAAUGAAUGGUUUCAGCUGGGCCUUCAAAAAUAGAAUACUAGGAUUUGUAACUGGUAUAUUUGUCUCUUGCCCAGAAAUAGUUUCGAAACUCUAAAGCUUUAUUUUGUGUGCUGACUUACAUCUUCUUUUUGUAGAAGGAUACUUAUUUCCCAUUUUGCUAUGGGGUUUGUAAAAUAUAUGUUCAUAUAUAUAUAUAUAUAAAAGAAAAAUAGUGUAUUUAUUCAAUUGGUAAACUUGUAUUUGUUAUGAAAUGUUAAAAUCCUUGUUCAAAAGUAGUGACAAAGGAUAAAUUAAUAUUUUCUAUAUUCCUUUUCAAUCUAUAUUAAUAAUAGCUGAAUUGAUAUUCUGGUAAAAUGGCACAAUAUUGUGAAUUUUUAACCAUAUUUUUCUUCCAAGUCACAGUUUCAGACCCUUGUUUGAAACUCAGUUGUUGAAUGAAAUCCUGAGUCUUUCAGCUUUCCCUUCACAUGUCUAUUUCUCAAAGUAACAAGGGAAAGGAAAGCUGACAAGACUUUCACAUGGCAAGAAUCUUGAUUGGAAAAAAAUGAGGGCUGCUUUUGAAAUGUCUUAUUAGCUAGAGGGCUAAAGUUAAUUUGCUAGAAACAUGGUGGAUUCAGAGAUAUUACUGCUAGGCAUUUGGGCUUCUUAAGCAGUCACUUUUUCCUUCCCCAAAACAUGAAACAUUUUUCAGUGGCCUUGAAAAGGGCUCAUAAAUAAUAUCAAAAUAUUUUUUUAAAAAAACUCUUCAUUUGAAAAAAAAGUUACUUUGUGUGGUUUCAAGCUUACCUGCACAGCCAUGAGAGCUGAAAAAAGAUUACCUUUAAAAAUGAAAUGAUGACUGGGGUUGUUGAAAGAAAUAGGAAAUAAAAUUCUGUACAAAAGUGCCUUAGCAAAAGUCUAAUCGUGCUCCAAAGGGUUAAUCAAAAGUUCUCACAUUUAUUUUUUCCACAUAAAUUGUUUUUUUUUAAUUCAGAACAAUCAACAAUUGUCACACAGAAGCAGGCUUCUGUGAUUGUUCCUCUGGAAAGGUUUGCCAUGUGUGAAGGUUGAUGUAGCAUUUUUGAGCGAUAUCACAGUUGUACAAUAGAUAUCUGCACAUUUGUGGUUCAUGAAGUGCUUUUUCCCAAGAAUCAUUUUACCUGGAGAAUAUCUGGAUGGAAAAUGACCACAUGAAACCAGCUGUAAGAAACUUCUGAAUUUGCCAUUAGAAUAAUGAUUGUAAGGAUCCAUAGCUUUCAACUCUACAUUUCUAUUGAUAAUUUAGUUGAGUCUAUUUAAGCCAGCUAAGAUCACAUUCAUAUAAAUUCCAUUCAGCAUAGGACAAAGUAAAAUCUAGGACAAAGAGCUAAUACAGGUACAGCCUAUGCAUAUUUUUUUCCAAGAGUGUUAUUUCAGUUUUUCUGCUUAUCUGCUGUGAAAGAAAUCCUAAUGAUCAUUUCCUCAGAGUAAGCCCCACUGAAUAACAUGGGACAUUUCUGAGUAGACGAGCUUAGGAUCUCUGUAUAUAUCACCAGCCAUACUGUGUAGGAAGUUCUGUUUUCCAUGGACCCCUUCCCUUGCAUUCUGAAUACACCCACACCAAGAAGACUUGAAACAUGAUUCUAAAUGUGUAGGUAAUCACUUAUGACUUUGUUGUAAUAAAACAGGUUACUUCUAUAAUCAUUUUCUUGAGUCUAUGAAUAACUUCAACUCCUUUGCUUUAUUUUCUACAGAUAAGGAAUAUAUUAAACCACUGCUUAAUAUCUUUUAAUCCAUGUUUGAUUUUUACAUAUAUAUUUUUAAAAAGGCAAGAAUAGGUUGCACUUACUCAGGACAUUCAGCUGUCAAAUUGAGCAACCGAAUGGUUAAUAGUUUCCCCCAUCCUUCCGCUGAGUAAAUAACAACAAGAAGGAUAGAACUAAGAACAUGGAAUGUUACCCCUGUGAAUGUUUCAGGCAGAGUUGGUGCAUAUUUCUACACUGUAUAUGUUGGCUUGUAAUGAUUUGAAGUGUUUGUUAAGGCAAACAUACCGGUAAUUCAAAAUACUUGUUUGGGUCACGUACUGUGAACACUGAAAACGUUCAUUUAAGGUUUGUUCAAGGUCUCACACAGUGAUUUCAACAUAACAGGAAAAAAGGUCUUGAUAUCGAACUAUUUUCUUUUUCUGUACAUUCUGUUGCCCUCAAAGUGGAAAAAGCAGUUCACCAAAUAUAUAUUUAUUUUUUAAGGGCCAACAGAAACGAGACUUUACUAUAGUCUAUAGACCACUUUCUGCUGGCCUUCAGCUUCUCUUUGCAACUGCAACAAAUAGCCACAAGCUGCUACUUUUUUGUUUCAUCCUCUCACUGUAUUUAUGUUGGCUUAAACUAAAAUAUAAGGGGAAAAUUAUUAAAUAUAUUAUCCGUAUUUAUUGGCCUCAGAUUAGACCAGUAAGGCUCCAUACAAAUUUCUGUCUAAUUGUGUGUAAGAGCCAUCAAAUUGCAGCUGACCUAUGGCAAUCCUAGCAAGGCUCUGAAGGCAGGUGAGAAACACAGGUGGUCUGCCAUUGCUUUUCUCUGCAGAGACUUCCUUGGUGUUCUCCCUUCCAAGUACUGGCCCUGCUUAGCUUCUAUCUAACAAGAUUGGACUGUACUAUGCUGCCUUGCAUCCCUCUGUGUACUUUCUCUAGCCAUUAGUGCAGUGUUAAAGCCAAUUGAAGAUUAGAGGAGAGAGUGCAUUGUUGAGUGAAUUGCUGCCAUUCAAAAACAAUUCUGCACUACCAGUUUUUUUAAAGGAAUCUGCCUACCUCUUUGUGCUUAUCUUGCCAAUAUUUUGCUAGACAUGUUAACCUGAGUUGCAUUGUUGGUUGGAGAACCUCUUCGGUACAAUGAAAAGGUAAGUCAUGUUUUGUAGUUGGAAUAUUUUCAGCAUGGGUCAUACAGUUUGUGUAAUAAAAUGCUUUGAUCCAUAAAAUGUUGCAGGCAGUAUCUCAUGACUAUGUUAAGUUCUAUGGUUCAGACUGGUAUUGUCAUACUCUCGGUUUUCAAGUUCAAAUGGAAGAGAAAUACAAAAUUUAGUGUGUAAGACAAACAGAAUGUGUAAGAGAGAUCAUUUAUCUUUUGUGGCCUUUCCUAGGCAAGAAGGUGAGUUGUCACGAGCCACUUUUAUAAUUUAGAGAGCCCUCUAGUAAUAUAAAAAUAAUCCUCAGAAUUUCUAGGAGCUCAGAUUUCCCUGAUUUUAACAAAAUGACUACCACUUGUUUUCAAGUACUCCUCAUAUUGAUUGUGUGUGUCACUUUGAUCUAAAAUUUUUAUCAAGAUUGAGAUUCAUGCUAAGCUUUAAAAGCUGAGUUUCAUGCUGCCAACAUUCUUUUUAACAUGACUGUAAUCAUGGUCAAAUUAACUCCUAAUUUCUUAAACCAAUGUGAAAAUUAUACUUACAUUAUUCCUCUGACAUCCAAAGUGCCUAUUUUAUCAAUUCUCAGUUGAAAACUAUUUUUUUAAAAAAAAUGGAAAUAUAUUCCUUCUGUUUCUCCAUGUUUUGUGAUACCAUCAUCAAAUUAAUAAGGAGGAAAAGAUAGUUUCUAACAUUAUUUGUCAGAAUAUUUUUGUAAUGUAAUAUGUGAAUAAAAGAUGUUGCAGAUUUACAGCAUAA